AACUACUACUUUACUAUAAUUGAUCUUUUUUUUUCUCUUUACAAAACUUUUACUUCGAAAUUAAAAGGCCGUGACUUGUGAUAUCAUAAAUGUAAAUACCUACCAACAUUUGUAAUGUUGUUUCGAGGAAUUUCCUAGAUGAAUAAUCUUUUGACACGUGUCAAAAUCAUUUUCAAACUUAACUACGUGGAAUGUGUUUUUUUCCCGCUUCUGGAAAAUUUUCCUCUUUCUUGGUGUCUCUCUCCGUGUCUAAAAUUAGCACACCACCACUACCUGCUCUCUGUAAAACCCACUUUUUUUUUUCAGUCUCAUUCUCUCUAGGAAUGGUGUAUAGAUCCAGAAGCAAGGGAUUACAAAUUUAAGAUUUCAGCUCAAUUCUUCUCCUCUCUAGUUUCAAAGUUAAGGUUUCUGGUUUACAAUGGUAGCAAUUGGAAUAGAUUUAGGGACGACAUAUUCAUGUGUUGCUGUAUGGCAAAAUGACCGCGUUGAAAUUAUUGCAAAUGAUCAAGGAAAUCGUACUACUCCUUCUUAUGUUGCUUUUACUGAUACUGAACGUCCCGUUGGUGAUGCUGCUAAGAAUCAAGCUGCUAUGAAUCCUAUCAACACUGUUUUUGAUGCAAAACGUUUGAUUGGUAGGAAAAUCGACCAUACCACUGUUCAGAGUGAUAUCAAGUUAUGGCCUUUCAAAGUGAUUGCUGGAGAAGACAAGAGACCAAUGAUUCAAGUCAAUUACAAGGACGAGGAUAAAUUGUUAUCAGCUGAGGAAAUCUCAUCCAUGGUUCUCAUGAAAAUGCGAGAAACUGCUGAAGAUUAUCUUGGUUUAACUGUUAAGGAUGCUGUUGUCACUGUCCCUGCCUACUUCAAUGAUUCUCAGCGUCAAGCUACUAAAGAUGCUGCUAAAAUUGCUGGCCUUAAUAUACUGCGAAUCAUCAAUGAACCAACGGCGGCCGGAAUUGCUUAUGGUCUUUUUCACCAGGUGCCAGAUGUAACCAGUAAAAAGAAGAAGAAGAAGAAGAAGAAUUUUCUUGUCUUUGAUCUUGGUGGUGGUACAUUUGAUGUUUCUAUACUCACCAUUAAGGGGGGCAUCUUUGAUGUCAAGGCUACAGCUGGAGAUAACCAUCUUGGAGGAGAGGAUUUCGAUAACAGAAUGGUUGAUCACUUUGUUCAAGACUUCAAGAGGAAGCACAACAAGGACAUUAGUGGAAAUCCAAGGGCACUGAGGAGGUUAAUAACAUCAUGUGAGAGGGCAAAGAGAACUCUCUCAUAUACUUCUCGGACAACAGUUGAGGUUGAUGCUUUGUACGAAGGAGUUGAUUUUCAAUCAUCCAUCACCCGUGCUAAAUUCGAAGAGUUGAACAUGGAUUUGUUCAAGAAAUGUGCGGAAACUGUUGAGAUGUGUCUGAGGGAUGCUAAGAUGGACAAGGUCAGCAUUCACGAGAUUGUGCUCGUAGGUGGUUCCACUAGAAUUCCAAUGGUUCGAUCUUUAUUACAGGAUUUAUUUAACGGAAGGGAACUCUGCAAGAACAUCAACCCUGAUGAAGCUGUGGCUUAUGGUGCUGCAGUACAAGCUGCUUUUAUGAGUGGCGAGGGUGGUGAGAAGUUGAAGGACUUGGUGUUGUUGGAUGUCACCCCUCUUUCUCUUGGUGUUGAAAUACUUGAUGAUGUCAUGAAGGUGGUGAUCCCAAGGAACACAACCGUUCCCACCAAGAAACAAGUGUCUUGUAUUACUGUCAAGGAUAAUCAAACUAGUGCUCGUUUAUCGGUGUAUGAGGGUGAGAGAAUUAGAACUAGUGACAAUUACAUGUUGGGUACCUUCAUGGUAGAAGGAAUUCCUCCAUUACCUGGUGGUGCUGCUAAGUUCGAAGUAUACUUCGAGAUCGAUGCGGAAGGUAUAUUGACAGUGCUCGUCGAGGACAAGAUAUCAGGGGGCACAAAUAUGGUUCCGAUUGCAGAUAACAAGGGGAGGUUGUCCCCAGCAGAGAUUGAGAGGUUGGUUCUAGAGGCUGAGGAAUUCAAAUCUGAAGAUGAAAAAUACAAGAAUAAGGUGGAGGCAAGGAACUGUUUUGAGAAUUAUGCAUACGGCAUGAGGAACACAAUCAAUAAUAUCGGAGAAAAGCUAGCAUCAGAUGAUAAGAAGAAAAUUGAGGAUGCAGUCUACAAUGCUAUUCAGUGGUACAAUAGCAUUGAACUAGCAGACAUUGACGUUACACAUGACAAGAUGAAGGAGUUGCAGAAUAUAUGCGACCCUAUAAUAGCUAAGGUUCAAAAGCAGGGUAGUCCUUCUUCAACAAGAGCUAGCAGUGCCGCACCAAAAAUCCGUAAAAUCUUAAGAUCUUUUCGUUUAAUCUGAUACAUUUUAUGUCUUCCUUUUAGCUGCACU